AUGGGAGAGAACGGGUUGGACAGCGAUGAAAAAAAAGAUCAAACAGAUGAAUCUGUGUAUGAAAAUUUUCUCGAAAAAAAAAUUGGUCAAAAUUUAUCAAGUUCAGAGCCGGACAUCCCCACCGUUUUGAAUGACUCCGAGAAAGGACAGGAACUAAGUGAGUUAGAGCAGAUCAUUUUUGAAGAUUCUGGCUCGUCCUCGGAAACUUCAUCCGACACCCUGACAAUCCCAGAAGUUACGUUACUCGUCAGUGAUCUUCAGAGGAUUCAGCUAGAAGAUCGGUCCGAUCAAGACCUUUCAGAGCUCGCUUCAUAUAUGGCGUCGACUCGGUGCAAAAACAUAGUUGUCCUGACGGGCGCAGGAAUUAGCGUGGAGUGUGGAAUUCCGGAUUUCCGGACUCCUGGAACGGGCUUGUAUGAUAACUUGGCCAAAUACAACCUUCCAAUUCCGGAAGCCAUAUUUGACAUCCGCUUCUUUUAUCUCAACCCAAUGCCGUUUUUCGACCUCGCCAAGUCCCUAUGUCCGGGUAACCACCGUCCGAGCACGUGUCACUACUUUAUCCGAAUUCUCCAGGAAAAGCAGCUUCUCCUGAGAAAUUACACUCAAAAUAUCGACACGCUGGAAAUCCAGGCCGGAAUCGACAUGAACAACCUCGUCUUCGCCCACGGAAGCUUCGCGUCUAGCACCUGUCUCUCGUGCAAAAAAUCUUACCCUUUGUCUUGGGUAAAAGAGGAACUACUUCUUCAUUCAUUCCUCAAGUGCGAGUCCUGCUCGGGUAUCGUCAAACCCGAUAUCGUAUUCUUCGGUGAAAGUCUGCCGGACAGAUUUUAUCAACUCCGACACAGCGACCUGUCAAAAGCUGACCUCCUUUUGGUCAUUGGAACUUCUCUACAAGUUUAUCCCUUCUCGGACCUUGUAUCCAUGGUACCAAACACGUGCGUCAGAGCGCUCGUGAACAACGCGGUCGUCGGUGACUUUAAAAAACCCGCCAUACCAUCCUUGUAUCGAGACCUCAUCAUCAUCGGCAAUUGCCAACAAUCCAUCAAAAAACUCAUCGGACUCCUAAAUUGGCAAGCAGACCUAGAUGCGCUCAUUCAUAAGCCAUAA